AUGGGAGACCACAGCAAAUAUAUAGCCAAGCAUGUCGACGCAGACCUCCGCUUCUGGAGACGCCCAGAUAUCGACAACUGUGUCCAAGUUGGCUUUCCCAAUGAUAAAACAGAGGGGGAAAACAAGAACAUGCACGCCUCACAUGAGAAGCAUCGGGUGCAGAUCCAGGAUAUCCGAGGAAAGGAAUCAUCCUACACACUUGACAAAAAUGGAUUCGUAUACCUGUCACACGAAAUGCCCGAGCUCGACAAGGCCUCGAACGAGACGCAUAUUAAGGACACCAUCAUUCCAAAGACCGAAGAGUUAGUUCGCAAAUUAACUGGUGCUACUAAGACAGUCACAUUUGUACAUCGGGUCCGAUGUCUCGCAGCAGACACAUCCAGGCUCGCGAACAACCGCGCCCCCGCGCACGACGUGCACUCGGAUUUUACGCCGACAGGUGCACUCCACUAUUUGAAGACGCUUGUUCCGGAUGAGCAGGAGCGCACUCAUCUCCUUGCUGGCCGGGUCCUGAUUAUCAAUGUCUGGCGACCGCUGAAAACUAUCCAGAGAGAUCCCCUCGCGGUUUGUGACUGGAGCUCCGUUAGUAUCCAAGACGAGGGAGUGCCCACUCGUUUAACGCUGCCAAGCGGGUGGAAUGAACUUGGGCGGUAUGCAUUUAGUCCGAAUCAGAGGUGGUGUUAUCUCAGCGGUCAACACCCCAAUGAACCUCUCGUCUUUAUGCAAUUUGAUAGCUCAAAAGUGGACGAGGGAGGGUUCACAGUACCGCAUACUGCGUUUGUUGACCCGGAAUAUAGUGACUCUGCUGCAAGGGAGAGUCUAGAAAUCAAGAUGUUUGCAUUUGUUUAG